AUGAAAUUAAUCUUCAUGGCUCACAAUGAAUACAUACUUCAUCUACACUCAGCGAAUUCCAAAUUGGAGCAGUUCCACAUGGUUAUGCUACCUGAAUUAAUAUCGAGCCUUGAAGAGUUACUCCAACAAAAUUCAGCCGAUUUCAAAGAGCAUCUGGACGCAUUCUUCAACCUACAUACGGAAUCUUUAAGUAGGAGGCUCAACGAACAGCAGCUGAUUGCGUCGAAAACCAAAGGAUUGUCAUUCUACUCAAACAAUUGUCAAGUCUUGGAGAAAUUUAGUUCCAGCUUGAAAAACCUUCAGUGUCGUCCACUGCAUUAUUUCCCACCUGAAGGAGUUCGUCCCAAUUUGCGUACAUACCAAGUGAUUGCAUUCUUGAAGGUUCAAAACUCUCCUUUUAUUCUGGCGAUUAAAUGUCAACGUCUUUAUUUGUUUCUCUUCACUUCUACCCUUUCCAGUCUGUGGCUAAACAUCACCUCCUAA